AUGUCCAACCAGCCGCUGCUCCAGGGCGUUGGCGAGAUUGCUGAGCCGCAGCCGCUGCCGCACGUGGCGGACGAGGGCCGGCGUAUCCAGCGGCGGCGGCUCGCCAAGCAAAGAGCCGCCGAGGAUGAGAGCGACGCUGCCGUAUAUGACACGUACCAGGCACCCGGCCGCACGCGCUCACUGGUACGGCCCGAGCGCGCAACGGCCGGCGGACAGCAGCAGGGGCGCGGCGGAGCCACACACAAGGGCUCAGCAGCAGCAGCUCGUCACCGACGCAAGCAGCCAGGCUCCACUGGGGUGCGCGGCAGGCGGUGCUGCGCAAACCCAUGGCAAACAUACUGCCGGGCAGUGACCUUUUGGGCGCCAGGACGUGUCCUAAAGUGCUUCGGUAUGCCGGACGCGGCUGUGCAAAUGGCGUGGCGCGAGAAAAUCGGCCUUGUCAGUCUCAUCCUGAUGCUUAUGGGCGUCAUUGCGUUUAUUACGUUUGGCUUGCAGCAGGUGCUGUGCGGGCUGUCGGGCAAGCAGACGCGCGUCAAGUGGUCAGAGGUCAGCAGCAGCACUGUUGUUGUCAACGGCCGCGCCUACGACAUUGCCGACUUUGGACACCCAAAGUCGUCGCCGUGGACGGGCCCAGCCGGUGCCAAUCUGAUGGGCGCGCCGGCCAACGCGGGCGGCAAGGACUUGAGCUUUCUGUUCCAGAACCCGAACGGCGCCUGCAAGCGCGUGCUCAACUACGCCGACAGCAUAACGGACAGCAGCGGCAACGUCAUCAGCGCCUUCCCUUGCGUCUACUACAACAACACCAAGCAGCUCAACGCCGAUCAGAUCCCCAACAACCAGGGCUGCCACAACACAGCAGCAGGGCGGCGCGCCUUGCAGCAGCUCAGCAGCGUGCCGGUGCAGUACUCGUGGGAAGACGUGCGCGCGCAAUCCAACCUUGUGGUUUUCAAUGGCGCUGUGCUGGACCUGCUUCGUGGCCAGUUCCUGCUGUCUGGCGUCCAGGUGCCGGAUGCCUUGGCGGAGAUGAUCCGCGGAUCGGCGCGCGGCAAGGACAUCUCGCUGCAGCUGCCCAGCGGCGACCGCAAGCGCCUGGGCCAGUGCAUGGUUGAUCUGUUCCGCGUUGGGUCGAUCGACGGGUCGUCGCUCGGCUGCAUCGCAGCCAACAUUGUCCUGUACGUGUCUCUGAUAGUCAUCCUCGGCGGCGUCUUUGCAAAGUUCGUCAUGGCCAUUUACUUUGGCUGGUUCAUGGGCCCGCGGCUCGGGCAAGUGGCCACGACGUCAACGCCCGAGGACCGCCGCGCGCGCCAGGCCGAGAUCGAGGCCUGGGCGGACGUCAAUAACCAUGUGGGCAAAGAAAAGCUCGAGCGCAACCGCGCCAACAACCGCAUGUCAAGGUUCUUCCCGACCACCUCGCGCUACUCGCACUUCAUGCCUGGCGACGAGCCAGGUGCGCGCGACAAGCCUAGGGUCGCGGCCAGCAGCGGCGGCGGCGGCGGCGGCGGCGGCGGCGGCGGCGGCGCGCGUGCACACUCGGGCAUGCCUCGGCACUCGGCGUUUUUCUCGGACCACCGCGCCAGCCACUACGCGGCAAUGUCCGACACGCCGAUGCCCGACACGCCGGCCGACACGAUGCCCUUAGCGAAGCCCGUGGACGUACACGCACUGCAGCUGCCGCCCAGCCGGCCGCCGGCCACGGCGUCGCCGUUCAACUUUGAGCUUGCGUACACGCUUUUGCUUGUAACGUGCUACUCCGAGGGCGCACACGGCAUCCGCACAACGCUGGACUCGCUGUGCGGCACCGACUACCCGGCGUCGCACAAGUGCCUGUUUAUCAUCUGCGACGGCCUGAUCCGCGGCGCCGGCGAGGACCUGUACACGCCGGACGUCUGCCUCUCAAUGAUGACCGACUUUGUCAUUCCGCCGGACCGCGUCCAGCCCUACUCGUACGUGUCCAUCGCACAGGGCGCCAAGCGCCACAACAUGGCCAAGCUCUACGCCGGCUUCUACGCGCCCAGCGACGCGUCGCCCGAGCACGCGCGCGCCAACCGCGUGCCGAUGGUGCUUGUCGUCAAGUGCGGCACGCCCGAGGAGGCCAACGAGCCCAAGCCGGGCAAUCGCGGCAAGCGGGAUUCGCAGAUCAUCCUGAUGAGCUUCCUGCAGCGCGUCAUGUUCGACGAGCGCAUGACGGAGCUCGAGUACGAGCUGUUCAACGCCAUGUGGAACGUCACGGGCGUCACGCCGGACAACUUUGAGAUUGUGCUGAUGGUCGACGCCGACACAAAGGUGUAUGUGGACAGCGUCACGUGCAUGGUCAAGGCCAUGGUCGACGACCCGUCGAUCAUGGGCCAGUGCGGCGAGACCAAGAUCGCCAACAAGACCGACUCGUGGGUGACGAUGAUCCAGGUGUUCGAGUACUACAUUGCGCACCACCAGGCCAAGGCCUUUGAGUCGGUGUUUGGCGGCGUCACGUGCCUCCCAGGCUGCUUCUGCAUGUACCGCAUCAAGGCGCCCAAGGGCCAGCACGGCUACUGGGUGCCGAUCCUGGCGAACCCGGACAUCGUCGAGAACUACUCCGAGAACGUCGUCGACACGCUGCACAAGAAGAACCUGCUUCUGCUCGGCGAGGAUCGGUACCUGUCGACGCUGAUGCUGCGGACGUUCCCGAAGCGCAAGAUGAUGUUCAUCCCGUCGUCGGUGUGCAAGACCAUAGUUCCGGACGAAUUCAAGGUGCUGCUGUCGCAGAGGCGCCGGUGGAUCAACUCGACGGUGCACAACCUGUCUGAGCUCGUGCUGGUCAAUGACCUGUGCGGGACGUUCUGCCUGUCGAUGCAGUUUAUGAUUUUCAUGGAUCUGAUUGGCACGCUGGCGCUUCCCGCGGCGAUCAUCUUCACGUUCUACGUCAUCAUCAUUUCGACGUUUACGCGGCCCGUGCCGUGGCUGCCGCUGGCGCUGCUCGGCGUCAUCCUCGGGCUGCCCGCGGUGCUGAUCGGCCUGACAUCGCGCAAGCUCGUGUACAUCGGCUGGAUGCUCAUCUACCUCUGCUCCCUGCCUGUGUGGAACUUCGUCCUGCCGACAUAUGCGUACUGGCAUUUCGACGACUUCUCCUGGGGCCAGACCCGCAUGGUGCAGGGCGAGGGCAAGGACAAGGGCCACGGCGAGGGCAAUGGCGAGUUUGACUCGUCGCAGAUCGUCAUGAAGAGAUGGUGCGACUUCGAGGCCGAAAAGCGCCGCAAGACGCAG